GUAUGCCAUUGCCAGGUUGUGUUGUGUGGUAUUGCUAUCUAUCAUCACAAUUCACACACACACACACACAGCGAAGCACGCCUCCACUCGAAAACUUUACUUUUCUUUUUUUCCCUCUCUCUUUCUCUCACGGUUAGGAACUGGAAUUGAAGUUGCGGCAAUGAGUUCGGAGGACGAGGGAGGAGAAGAGUACCUCUUCAAGAUCGUCAUAAUCGGAGACUCCGCGGUGGGGAAAUCGAACCUGCUCUCUCGCUACGCUCGGAACGAGUUCAAUAUGCACUCCAAGGCCACCAUAGGCGUCGAGUUCCAGACUCAGUGCUUGGAAAUCGAUUCCAAGGAAGUCAAGGCUCAGAUUUGGGACACCGCCGGCCAGGAACGCUUCCGCGCCGUCACCUCCGCCUACUACCGCGGCGCUGUCGGCGCUCUCAUUGUCUACGACAUCUCCCGCCGCACCACCUUCGACAGCGUCGGUCGCUGGCUCGACGAGCUUAAAACUCAUUGCGAUACGACUGUGGCGAUGAUGCUAGUGGGGAACAAAUGUGACUUGGAGGAUAUAAGGGCGGUGAGCAUUGACGAAGGGAAAAGCCUUGCGGAAGCGGAAGGUUUGUUUUUCAUGGAAACGUCUGCGUUGGACUCCACAAACGUGAAGACGGCGUUUGAGAUGGUGAUUCGAGAAAUUUACAACAACGUGAGCAGGAAGGUGCUCAACUCCGAAACAUACAAGGCAGAGUUAUCUGUCAACAGAGUCAGCCUCGUCAACAAUGGGGCCGCUACAACCAAGCAAAAUCAAAGCUAUUUUUCUUGCUGUUCGAGAUGACCUACCAUACCAGUCGCUUUGUCAGUUCAAUUUCGUUUUUGUUGCUUGAUUAAUUAAAUGGGUUGGGUUGCAUUGUUGCUAUGAUUUCAAAACUUGAUCACUUACAACUAUAAGACAUAUAUAGUAACCACAAUGUUGUCUUCAUUUUUAAGAAAAAGGGUAUAAUUGUAUAAUCGGGGUUCAAAGAGCUUGUAAUUGCAUUGCAGCAGCAAAUGAAAGCGGACAUCCAUUUAUGGCAAAAUGUCUACUGAAUAGCGAUUUAUUGCUUGCGUGAUUGUUAGUUAGUUUCCUAUUCGUUUUUUUUUUACUUUUUGAGUCGUCUUGUUCUGUAGUCUCUACUUUUCACAAUUUUCGCUCCCCAGGAAUCGUUCAAUUGUUUUCUUGUGCA